AGCAUUUUUUAAAGGAAGCCUCUAACAGAAGUAGGACAGAAUGAAGAUGUGGUGUAUAUGUCUCCAGGAGCCUCGCAUUGGCAGUUCAUCGAAACACCUGCACGGAUCAGUCCUCAGCUAAAGACUUUAGAAAACCCCUUGGCAAAUCACCAGGGUUCUCGGCGCACCUUCCUUCCCUGUUCUACUGUGUCGCAAAUUCUAGCUGCCUUGACUUCUGGAACUCCUCUGCUUCUCCGACUCAAGGAGGCGGCCAGGCUCCUUUUGGGUUCUCACUCUGUGUAACGCAGCCCGGAAACCUUUUCCCGAGCAGUAGUCCGGGACACUCCAAGAGACCAGCCCACUGACUUUUCCGAUCUCUGCUUUGCUUCCGAUACGCCACCUCCCGUUGUCCUCCGCUUCCCACCGGACGCUCAGCGAGUCCUGGACCAUCCCUUCCCACCGCGCACACCCCAAGUCACGUGGUAUGCCCUGCAGGUGUCACAUGGGCCCCGUCUGCCUGCCAGGGAAAACCUCCGUCUGCACUCACCUGAAUCAGGCUGGGGGCUGGCCCCGGAGAGGGUUUCCGGAAGCAGGAGUCGAGAGCUCUGGGAGCCAGCACGGCCGCAGGGCAGAGAGCAGAGCCUUGAGCUUGUCCUUCGAGGCUGGUGGAACGAACAGGCAGCCGUGGUCGUGGGGACGAGCCCCAGACACGACGCAGCCGCAGGGAGGCACACCUGGCCCCAGGGGCGACGGGACAACGGCACACUCGGAAGGCGCGGCCUUGCAGGGCAGUGGACCCGGCCGGCCCCGGCGACGGGCAGGGGGGGCGGGGGGCGAGGAACAGCCCGUCUCUGCUCCGGGCUCCUCAGCUCUGCCCCAGGGCGGCGCCCCCGCACGCUUCCGGGCCCUGCAGGUGCCUGCGGCGGGCACCAAGCCUUCGGGACGCGAGGACUCCGUGGGUGAGCGCGGGGAGCCAGCGCGGGACGGGGCCGGGCAGCUUCCGGCUUCCUCCCGGCAGGUCUCUGCUCCCAGGACCCCCUGCGGCCCACGUGGUCCGCGCCAGACUCGGAGGCCGCGAGAACAAAGGGGGCGUCGUUUGGAAGUGUGGCCCCCACGCCGCUUCAGGCCCCGCGUCGCCAUCGGCCCGCGCCCUGGCGCUCGGUCCCUGCCCGCCCCGUCCCUGUCCCCGCGGGGACCCGCACUGACGCCACACACCCGACCACACGCGGCUCUCCUGAGCGCCCAGCCGCCCUGGGUGCGCCCACGUGGGGCAGGCCCCCCGGCCACCUGGCGCCCCCGCAGCGGGUGUGUCCCUGGAGGAUGUCAUGGGUUGUCCAGCUCCCGUGUCCCUGCCCAGACGCCCGCAGCUCCUGUUUCCUGCAUUUUUCUUUGUUUAAGGCCAGAGGCACCCCUGUACCUCUUCCAGAACCAUCGGUCAGUUGUAAAGACAUUUCUUUAAUUUUUUUUUUCCUAUGGCUUUUAAGCGGAUUUAUUAUUAAACUUACAUUUUGAAUGAUCUGUGAUCAAUGCAAGUAAAUGUUUUCGAUGGUUUCAUGAGAUUUCCUUUAAUAAUUGUGCAAGUUUAUUAAAAAUAGAUGUAUGUACCCGUUUCAUGUGUUAUAUGCUACUAUUUGGUGCAGAAGGUAUUUAAAUACUACUUUGUAAAAAUAUUAAUAAAAGAAAGCAGUGUGGUCACA